UUCAUUUGAUGAUUCAUUCACUCUUUUAUUCUUCUUAUUUUUAUUUGAAUAAAGACCUUUGGAGGAUUGCGAUAUGUGCUUGGGGGACAUGUUUUAUUAAAAGUGCAGAAAUUUUUGAUUAAAAAAAUAUAUUUAGAAUAUUUUUUAAACACACUACAUUUUUAUUUUUAUUUUUUUUAUAUUCUCAUUUUAAUAUAUAAGGAUGUGUAUCUAUCUGUCUGGGUGGUUGGGGUAUGAAGCAGCAUCACCACCAAAGUGAACUGCAGAUAACCUCAUGACGUGGCAGACAUAGUAUGCAAGCCUAUAUAAAAAAUCACGGUGGCCGCAUGUGCCUGGUGGUGGUCUGAGCCGCUGAUAAGGCUUUGCAGACAAUCUGACUUCAGUCUAGAUGAAGGAUGAGCUUCUCAGGCAUAGACGUUGUCCAUCCUGCUGAUGCUCCCUCGUCUCAUCGUAAACUCUUGUGCACCCUCUGGUGCUUGCUAGUCUCCCAAACUUCUUUGUGUAGCCUGCUUUGCAGAUUGUCUUCCUUGUCUGUGUGGUUGCUCAUUAUUCAGAGACAGACGGAUCUCAGGUCAUCUGCAGCUGCAGCAAAGGAGAAGCAGGAAAGAUGGCGAUCAUCCAUUAGACCGACCGGGCGCACGCAUGAAAUACGAGGACAACUUUUGGGAGGAUCGCUUGAGGAGAAGAUUGUACCAGUUUCCCUGAUUUUCCAGGGAGUUCUCCCCCUUUUUAGUGAUGGAGGUAUUGCAGUGUGACGGCUGUGACUUCCGCGCCGAGUCAUAUGAUGACUUGAAGACUCACAUACAGGAAGUGCACACUGUUUUCCUGCAGCCUGCAGAUGCAGAUGAGUCGGAUUCUCUGAAAGACGAGGAUGAAGACGAGGAGGAAGAAGGGGAAUUUGAGGAUAAGGAUGACAAGGAUUAUACGCCUUUGAAACCUGGAAUGAGCCCCAGCUCAACUGACAGUCAAAAUCAAAUAUCAGACAAGCAGACAACUGAAGCCCAUCCGCCGUUUUACCAGUGCAAGUUCUGUGUCCGUUACUUCAGAUCCAAGUCACUCUUAAGAAACCACACCAAAAAGGUGCAUAAUGUCACAGAGGAAGAUUCGAAUGCAAGUGUCUCCCCACAGUCAGCUAAACAGCCCAGUUACACAGUUAUAAUGCACAACGAUCAUUCAAAAAUGUAUUCCUGUCAGUAUUGCACAUACAAGUCUCCACGCAAGGCAAGGAUAAUGAAACACCAACUGAUGUAUCAUCACAAAGUUCCCUCAGAUACCGCUGGAGAUGCUCCAGAAUACGUCGACACUGGGGUGGAAUCUGACCCAACUAGCGGGCUCAUGAAAGGAACAUUUGCCUGCGAAUGGUGUGACUAUCAGACUGACCAGAAGGACAGCUGGACUAAUCACGUGGUGAAGGAACACAGUGACAAGGUCAAGAUAGUUUCCUGCAUUGCAGAGCUUGAAGGGGAGGCAAGUGCAAACUCACCCAAACCAGAUUCCCCCUCCUCUUCCCGUAGCCCGACUAGAUCAAACAUGAGUUUAGUUGAUGUCGGUGCAAAGGAGGAGUCAGUAGGAAAUGCAUCAGAAAAUACCCUGGAAAAGUCUGUUGCAGAGAUCUCAUCAUUUCAAUAUGCACAGAUAAGGGCGGUUACACCCAACAGCACAGGUUCCUCCAUUUUGUCUAAAAGAUUUGCAUCGUCUGAUGUUUCCAACAGUGUCACAGACCUGGAUGCAAACUUACUCAAUGAGGAAGACUCAAAGAGCAGCGUAGAGGAUGAUGAUGAUGAUGAAGAGUUGGGUGACAUAGAUGACCCCAGCUACACUGGAACCCUGUCUGCAGAUGCAAAGCAGCUAUUGACGGAUGAUGAUAAUAAAUUACUGGAGACUAAAGGAAUACCUUUCCGAAAAUACAUGAACCGAUUUCAGUGCCCUUUCUGCUCCUUCCUCACCAUGCACAGACGGAGCAUCUCCCGGCACAUUGAAAACAUUCACCUGUCUGGCAAAGCCACAGUGUAUAAAUGUGAUGAAUGCCCAUUUAUUUGCACCAGCCCUCUGAAACUAGGUACGCACAAACAGAGUCACAACUCCUCAGAUUUAGAGACCUUGGACCUAACAAGUGAUAGCCCAGAAUCUCAGAAUGACAGUACUGCAGAGCCAGUUAAUGGGAGUAAUGUAACUUCCAAAGUCAAUGGAAAAAAGACAACCAGCACACCGAACGACCAGCAGAACCCUCAUCGCUGCACACUCUGCAGCUUCUCCACCACCACUCUGAAAGGUCUGAGGGUCCACCAGCAGCAUAAGCAUUCCUACUGUGACGAUCUAGAUCCCACUGUCUUUGAAACUCAGCUGACUGACCAGGCAGAUUCUGAAGCAGAGGCAUCUCCAAUCUUUCUACAAAAAACCCAGACCUCAAUUCUAGGACUUGCCACCAAAAAGCCCUUAGUAACAGGGAAAAGAGCCAGGAAGUCCAUUAAUGACUUGCCUUUGGAUCUGUCCUCAGUCAAAAAGAGAACCAGAAUUGAUGAAAUUGCCAGUAAUCUUCAAAGUAAGAUAAGCCAAAGCCAACAGGACAUGAUCAUAAAUCUGGAUGACAUGGACGAUGAAGAUCUAGGAGAAAGUACUAGCGCUGAUGAGGACAGAAACCAGGACGUCCAAAACCCUGUCUUUGCUUACAACACACAGCAUUUUCAUGCAAGAGAAUCAGCAAUCAUUCAUGAGGGAGGCAGAAUAGGCAAAAGAAAAAGCAACCCCAAGUCAAAGCCUAGAAACAUUCCUCUAUCACUGACUUUCUCAGACGAUAGCGAAAACAUCUCUGCUGAUGCAAGUGACAGUACUGUCCAAGAAAACAUGGAAUAUUCAGAGGAUCAUGGAACUACACGUUUCUACUGCAAACACUGUGACUACCACAACAAAUCAGCUCGUAGCGUUAGCACCCAUUACCAGCGGAUGCACCCUUACAUCAAAUUCAGCUUUAAAUACAUCCUGGACCCUGAAGACCAGAGUGCCGUCUUCCGAUGUUUAGAGUGCUACAUUGAAUACACAAAUUACAACGAUCUGCACCAACACUACAUGGAUCACCACCCUGAAGCAAGCAAUGUGCUCAACUUCAACCAACCACAUCUGCUAUACAUGUGCCGCUUUUGUUCAUACACAAGCCCCAACGUCAGGAGCCUAAUGCCACAUUACCAAAGAAUGCAUCCCACAGUAAAAAUCAACAAUGCCAUGAUCUUUUCCAGUUAUAUUGUGGAGCAGACGCACAAAUCAAGUGAAUCACAAACUCUGAGGGAAAUACUGAAUUCUGGCCCUAAGAAUUUUAACUCGUCCGCUUCAGUGCCCAUGGCCUCCACAAGCCCAGUGCCGAAAUCGGUUUCCAAGUCCCCUGAAGCUAGCACUGAAACAGAACUUCUCAAAGAAACCAUGGGUGGUAAUGUUGUUGUUUAUGAUUGUGAUGUGUGUUCCUUUGCUAGCCCCAACAUGCACUCUGUUUUGGUCCAUUACCAGAAGAAACACCCAGAUCAAAAAGCGUCCUAUUUCCGUAUACAGAAAACCAUGAAAGUUGUCUCAGUCGAUCAGUCACAGCCUGUUGCCAACUCUUCAUUUAACUCCAGCAUGUCUACAACUCCGAAGAAUUCAAGUGCAGCACUGUAUGGAUCUGAUGAGGAAAUGUACUACUGUAAACACUGCGUGUACAGUAACCGAUCUGUUGUUGGUGUGUUGGUGCAUUAUCAAAAAAGACACCCAGAAGUGAAAGUGACAGCAAAGUAUAUCAAGCAUGGUGCUCCCACCCCUGGUUUGAUGAAAUUAAUGGAUGAAUUGCAAAUUGCAACCCCCAAACAGUUUUUGAAACAGUUUCAAAAUAAUGGCCAUGAUGGAUCUAAUAACUCAAGUCCCAAACCAGGAAGUUGUGAGAAGGGUGAAGACGAGCUGUUCUUUUGUCAGCACUGUGAUUAUGGCAAUCGCACUGUAAAAGGAGUGCUUAUUCACUACCAGAAAAAGCAUAGGGAAACCAAGGCAAAUGCUGACCUUGUACGUCGUCACACUGCAGUUGUACGGAGUCAGCGCGAGCGCGCACAGAUGGUUCAGUCCGGUAGUGUCUCUUCUGCUGUGACACCAGCUCCUCCAGACUCUGAAAAUGUUACACCUUUGCGUUCCCUUAAGUGCAGACACUGUUCCUAUACAUCUCCCUAUGUCUACGCCCUAAAGAAGCACCUGAAAAAGGAACACCCCACUGUGAAAGCCACAGCUAUGACCAUUUUACACUGGGCUUACCAAGAUGGCAUUCUGGAGGCAGGUUACCACUGCGAGUGGUGCAUAUACUCCCAUGCUGAACCCCAGGGUCUGUUGCUCCAUUACCAAAGACGCCAUCCUGAACAUAAUGUUGACUACACAUACAUGGCCAGCAAGCUUUGGGCUGGGCCUGAAACCACCCAACAAGGGGGCAAUUUGGAAACUAAACAUUACAAAUGCAAAGACUGUGCCUUUGAGGCCUGUACAAUAUGGGACAUCACAAGUCACUAUCAGGCAGUCCACCCCUGGGCUAUCAAGGGGGAUGAAUCUGUGCUGUUGGACAUUAUCAAGGGGAAUGGUUCGGCUGAAAACAUCCCCCAGCAGGUUGCCAAAGAACAUGCACCUCUGAAUUGCCAGUCUGUUGACGAUGAUGGAGCACUGGUCAUUUCCACCCCUCCUCAAGAAAGUAAUCCCCAUCCCUCGCACCCACGCCUUUCCAUCUCUAAUAAUCCUUAUCAGUGUACUGUAUGUCUGUCAGAGUACAACAGUCUCCACGGCCUACUCACUCACUAUGGAAAGAAGCACCCAGGCAUGAAAGUAAAAGCUGCAGAUUUUGCACAGGAGGCAGACAUCAAUCCUAGUUCCGUGUAUAAAUGUCGCCACUGUCCAUAUGUGAACUCCCGGAUCCAUGGAGUCCUAACUCACUACCAGAAAAGACACCCCUUAGUGAAAGUCACUGCAGAAGACUUUGCAGAUGAUGUAGAGCAAAUCACUGAGUUGCAUGAAGGAGAUGACAAGUUCAAAACUCAAAGGCAGGGCUAUGGCGCAUACAGAUGCAAAAUGUGCCCAUACACACAUGGGACUCUGGAGAAACUGAAAAUCCAUUAUGAGAAAUAUCACAAUCAGUCUGCUUCUGAUAUGUUUGCCACCUCUCUGACACAUUUUUCUUCCAGUAAAGACACAGAGCCAGUAGCUGAAUGCAGCGCUAGUAAUAUGUCAGGUGCAGCAAAAGUCCAGGAGGUCAGUGAAUUGGACCUUGCACUCUCUCAGUUACCCGUCAAUAAGACAGAGAAACACACUAUAUUCAAGUGUCAACUCUGCAAAUACUUCUGCUCUACCAGGAAAGGCAUUGCUCGCCACUACCGUAUCAAGCACAACAAUGUCCGUGCUCAGCCAGAGGGUAAGAACAAUGUCUUCAAAUGUGCUUUAUGUUCAUACACAAACCCUAUACGCAAGGGUCUGGCAGCACACUACCAGAAGCGGCAUGAUAUUGAUGCCUAUUAUACACACUGUCUUGCUGCUUCCAAGACUUUGAGCGAAAAGCCGAACAAAGUGGUAGCACCCCCACCACCAGAAGGGGAAAAUCCUGAAAUGAGUGAAGAUUUGCGUUUGGCUGUGGAGAGACGAAAGUGUUCUCUUUGCCCCUUCCAGGCCUUCAGCAGGAAGAGCAUAGUCUCACACUACAUUAAACGCCACCCAGGUGUCUUCCCCAAGAAGCAGCACUCUAGCAAGCUUGGUCGCUACUUUACUGUUAUUUAUGCCAAAGAACCAGAGAAGACUGCUGUCAGUGCAUUGGCAGAGGAGGACAAGGAGAUGCUGGAGGUUCCGCUUGAACCUGAGGAGGACAAAGAAGUUGAAUGGCUGCCAUUCAAGUGUCUAAAAUGCUUCCGGUUGUCCUUUAGUACAGGCGAGCUGCUCUCUUUGCACUACAAUGACCACCACAGCAAUGACUUGAAGAGGGACUUUGUGGUAUCCCCUGGUCCGGAGGAUGAGGACUCUGAGUCCGAGUUAUACCAGUGCUCCCACUGUGAGCUGAAGUUCUUGGCUCUCCCUGCUCUGGCUAAACAUCUACUGAAUCAUAAUGAGGAGUUCCAGAAGAGGGCCAUGAGACAGGAGAGACGAAGGCAGCUUCUCAGUAAGCAGAAAGCUGCAGAACUACUCGAGUCCAAACUUGAAAAGGAAAGCCUUGAAAAUAAUGUUCCCAUUGGAUUCCGGUGUAAAUUCUGUGUGGAGAUACACCCAACGCUUAGAGCAAUCUGCAACCACCUUAGGAAACACGUUCAGUACGGAGAAGUCAAAGAGGGACAUGUCAAACAGGAAGUCAGCGACGUCCCCCUGACCCUGCCUUCAGAGAGCCUAACUAAUGGCAACCUGGAGGGAGAUGAAGCCACAGACGCAGAAUGCCUUGAGAGACCUGCAGCUAUAACAAUGGGCCCAACCUUUUCCGCAGCUUCUGACGGGGUUGACAUGGAGACGCUGGAUCCAGAAACGGACGAUGCCGAAGGAAGGGCAGCGGCCCUCGUGGCUGCAGCCAGGGCUGUGGCGUCAGAGGACGAACUGAAACAGCGGUUAGUGGCAGGGGGUCACCCGUGUGCCCAGUGCGACAGAGUCUUCAUGUCCAUGCAGGGACUGAGGUCCCAUGAGAGGAGCCACUCAGCCAUGGCACUGUUCAGCAGAGAAGACAAAUACAGCUGCCAGUACUGCCAGUUUGUCUCACCCUUCAGACACAAUCUGGACAGACAUAUGCAGUCUCACCACGGGCACCACAAGCCCUUCAAGUGCAAGCUCUGCCCCUUUAAAUCUGCCUACGUGAGCCGCUUGAAGAGCCACCUGCACAAGGCACACACAGGUGAGCAGCACACAUACAAGUGCUUGUCGUGCCCCUUCUCCUCUAUGACCAUCAGCCGGCUGAAGGAGCACUCCCUGAGAGACCACGGCGAGGUCCUGACGCUCCCCAAACUCAGAGCUGCUACCCAGGCGGCGCAUGCCACCCUCAGGCUGUCCCGACUGGCCAGCAACACAGAGCAGGCUCCCUUGGCCCCGGAUGAUCCGUCAUACCUGGAACCGGCCGACGUCCGUCAGCAGCUCAGCCACUACCAGCUGGCCUCCCGCGGUCAAAUGUCUUCCGGCUCGACGCCCGGUGGCUCAACCCUGGUUGACAAUCGUCCGGAUACUGUCCUCAAGUGCGAGUUCUGCGAGUUCAGCUCUGGGUACAUGCAGAGUCUGCGCCGGCACUACAGGGACCGCCACGGUGGCAAGAAGCUCUUCAAGUGCAAAGACUGCUCCUUUUUCACCUGCUACAAGAAUACGUUCACCAUGCAUGUGGAGGCAGGUCACAACAACAAUGCACCCGAGGACCUUCCUAAAGACCUGCGCUGCCCUCUCUGCCUCUACCACACCAAACACAAGAGCAAUAUGAUUGACCACAUUGUUCUGCACAGAGAGGAGCGCGUGGCUCCGCUGGAGGUCAGCCGCUCCAAGCUGUCGCGCCACCUCCAGGGCCUGGUGUUCCGUUGCCACAAAUGCACGUUCACAUGCUCCAGUGACCAGGCCCUGCAGCUGCACCUGCAGAAGCACGCUGAGAUCAAGCCCUACCAGUGCCAGCUCUGCUAUUAUGACAGCAGUCGACGGAGCCAGCUGGAGGAGCAUCUACGCCUUGAGCACAAGGUUAUCAGGAACUUUGAGCUGAUGGGCCGGGUCAAUCUGGACCAGCUGCAGAUGAUCAAGGAGCGAGGGAGCAGCGCCGAGGAGGACGAGGCGAGAGAAAUUAUGGAGAUGGUAGCAGACGGAAAAGAAGCUCUGGAGGAUGAGGAAGAAGAGGAGGAGGAGGAGGAGGAUGACGACGAAAGGAUGGAAAUUAUAGAGAACAUAGGGGAGGACCAGAGAGACAUGGAUGAUGAAGAGAUGGACGACAACAUCAAGGAGGAGGAGGAGGACGUGGGGGAGGAGGAAGAAGAAGAAGAAGAGGUGGAAGAGGAGGAGGAGGAGGAAGAAGUCAAAGCAGUGGAGGAAGAGAAGCCCCCCCUGCAAGAGGUCCUUGCAUCUCCCAGCAGCAGCAGCAACAGUUCUGGGCCGAGCAGUGUAGAGAAGCGUCUUCCCUGUGAGUUCUGCGGCCGCUGCUUUACCAACAGCUUUGAAUGGGAGCGGCACGUCCUUCGACAUGGCAUGAUGGUUAACAACAGUCGACGGGACACCAGCGCCGCUUCAGCAAUAGAGGCCUCAGCUCCAUCUUCCACCGCCUCCUCGGCGUUCCCAGACACAAAACUGGACCCGUCCACCAACGGAACGGAGGACGGGCACCCCGCUGAUCUUUCUCUGACAAGUCAAAGCCAGUACGCGGAAGACAAAGAAACGCUCGACACCAAAAAGGAUCAACAGCUUGGUUGAACUGACCGUGGCCUCUUCGGGUUACUGUGCUAGAAAAAAAAACGAUAACAUUGGGUUGAAUCAGCGCUGGGUGGGAUCAGAAAAUAAGAUGUCAAAGGAAACGGAAAGGUUGAAACUUAAAGUGACUUUUUAUGAGUUGGUGCAUUAUUAGAUUUUAGGUGUUACAUAUAUAAGUAUUAGGUUGUGCUGCAUAAAACGGCUGAGCUCUUUAAAUGGGCGGUCCCCUAGGACAGAUCUUAAUAUAUUGGUAACCAAUAGUGAACAGAACUCUUUAUUGCUGACAUUCUGGUCAAAUCUACAGUGAAAGAUCCCACCUAGAUAAAAACUAAGCUAUAUAUAAAGAAUGUUGUCCAAAACAAUUAACUAAAUUUAGCAUUUUAUUAUUUUAAGCACCUUUUACACUCCUCCCAGCUCAUCCAAAAUAUGGGUACUGUACUUGCCUAAAAAGAAGAAAAGAAAAAGGUAUGAAAGCAUUUAUAAUCAUGGCCCUCUGUAGAGCUACCGUUUCUUAUUUCUCGUUGAAAUUCGAGACAGUUUUUUUUCUCCCCUCAUCUUAGCCUUGCGUUAAAUGUGUGGAAGUAUUCCUCGAGGAAGAGUCGCACCUUAUCUAUUUUAGUAAAGAAAAAAUUAACAAACAAACCCAAAAACCCACGUUUUCUCCAUUUGUAGAAGUACUUGCCCCAGUGUUUUGUAGCAAAUUGCUAUAAUUUAAGUCCCGUAAUAUUAUACUACGUAUAAGCCUUCAGCCUUCGGCACCCUGUCCAUUUUAACUGUGUUGUUUUUAUUGUCCAGUAAUUUCAGUGAUGAAAUCGUGGAAAUAAUGGGAUUAGUCUCAAGCUCCCCCUCUCCCUGUGAGAUUACAUAUAGUUUAUAGUUACCCUCUGAACUCAGCAGAUCAAUAUAGACAACAGAGAUGUGUUUCAUGUGUCAUGACUGUACCCGUUCAAGAUUCGCAUAGAAGAGGUUUUAACUGUAGUGGCGUCUCGACCAGUGGUUUACACUUGUCUUUUCAGGGUGAAAUUUGUAAGAUGGGUUUGUUGGAAUACUUGCCUUGGUGAAUUGGGUGAAUUCUCGUGAGAUUUGCAAUGUAAUGGCAGCGACGGGUGUGUUUUAGGUUUGACAACGGCGAGAGGCAACUCUUUCUUCAAAAAAAAAAAAAAAUGGCUGACAAAGAGGUUAGCACUUAACUUACACCACAGCAUCAUGAGCUUUCUAGCUUUCAAAAGUCCUCAUACCUUUUUCACCAGGUAUUAUUUUUGAAGUGCCUGCCCCCUUUUCCAGCAGACAUUUUCAGACGCAUCCUCCAGCCACGUUCUUUGAGGGAUGCCUAGUGUAUGUGGCUUGAACCCCACAGAGAUGGAUGGUGGUCUGGCUCUACAUUACAUCCGAAUCACACCGUACCACGUUCAGGCCGCGGGUCUGCUACAUACGUUUUCGAACCGGUGCACAAGUGCCUUAAAAAUGUUCCCGCUCCAAAGAUACAAAUCUAUUGGACUUAUUCUGAUGUGUGCCUUGGUGGCAAAUUGGAAAGUCUCUGAUCAAUUAGGAUGAGAUAAAAUUAAUUUGUUUUCAUUACAAUAUUGCCAAUUAAGCACCAGUACAGUAAAAUGUGGUUUAGCGCCUAUUACAAGGAUUUUGAGGCUUAAAGCAUUGAUUUAACCAGAUUACCAAAAGGAUAUUCUCCUCUCAUUGCCCCGAAGUAGUUUUUAGCCAUAUUGAUAUUUAUUUCAAGGUUUCUGCGUCUCAGAUCUUUGCUGCCGAGCUGAUCCAGUGGAAAUUAAUGGUACCAGUGCAACAGUAUCAUAACUGGAGGCUUGUAUUGAGAUAAUUAGAUUCAGAGAUGAAAUGUACGGCUGAUGCCAUGUUGAAAAGACAAGUGUAACCAGAUCAGACGCCCUUAAACCAUUCGUUUCCACAUAUAUAGAAUAUAUACUGUAUGUGACACUGGGACUUUUUUAAAGGUGUCAAAUCCCCUAGUUUAAAUACCCGUUUCAAUUCUCAUUCUGUGUGGACACAUCUGUCAUAACUUGUUUGAUUUUUUAUUUUAUUUUAUUUUUUUUGUUAUGUUGUCGUUGAUGUAGACAAAAAAAAAAAAAGGCAGAGAUUGUAUUUGCUGGAAGUUGCUGCUUGAACGCCCUAAAGCCUUAUGAGAAUAGCAAUGAAGUCUAAAAAUUUGUGUCCAAUUCCGAUAAAACUAUCAAGCAAUGUGAAUUAAAGUGGCUCCGAGAUUAAAAAUUCGUAGAGGAACACGUGUAAUGUAACUGUGUCCCUUGCGUCGAGAUAUUUCCCACGCCUGCUGUGUUUGCUGCUGUAAUCGUCACUGAACUAUUGAGGGGAAAUGGCAAAUCUGUUUCUGGACCGUUAGGAUUCUGUGGAGUUCUGUGGGUGGAGCCCCGCUGAACUACACGUCUGCAGCCAUGUAUAGAAAACAAAACUACUCGUUAAGUGUUUGAACUGUGGUGUUUCAGAACGGAUUAUUUAACCCCCCUCUUUUUUUUUCCUUUAGGUGUUCUCAUUUUUUUAAAAAAGAAAUUACAUAAAAAAGAAAAAAAAAGGAUUAUAGCUAACCCUUUGGGGUGUUUGCGACCCCAAUCCAACAUUUUUACGCUGUUGUCUGGUUACGAUGAAAAAUAUCCCUUUUUUUUUUGUACUGUAAUGGGAAUGAGCAGAUAGGAAGCGCAGUGUGGUUGUACAAUAUUGAGCAUAAAGGAAAUGUAUGCAGUUCUCCACUAACUAAUGGCUGGGGGCUUUUAUUGUGAAGAUGAAGGAAGAUAACCGUUGUUCCUUUGGGAGCUUUUGUCUAAACCGCUUGGCCGACAUCUGCAGCGGCCUACAGUCCUUUGAGAUCUACCACAUACAAUCCAAACCGUGACACUCCAGUAUCUUUUCUCUAUGACCAGUAAGGGCAUUAGCUCACUUAGUCCUAGUGCACCCGCCCACAUUUGACCCACUCAACAGUACGUAGCGGUCCUCCAGCUUCUCAGCUGCUUUCAAAACCAGUCGGUGAGUCGGUGCUGAAUCUCAAAGCCCUAUUUCUGUUCUGCAGGUCCAGCUGCGGGUGUAGUUCCUGGAAAGUAAAACCGUUGUUGUAGAAAUAAGCUUUGUAAAGGCAGCUUGUUGCCCAGUCUGAAAACCCAGCGAGGUGAAUUGCGACGCUCUGGAAAGACGAAGCUGUCAACCCAAAUUAGUUUGUUGUUCUGUGAUCAUUUUGUUAGAAAAUGACUAUGAAUCCCUCACUGUGUGCAGUCGCUAUAGACUGUGAUAUUCCCAGUUUUACCCAAAGUAACGCCCCCUGCUGACGACACACUGGAUACUUGUAUAUAUGUUUAGUUUGUUUCCGACGCAUUUCUCUUUUCAGACUGUUGUCUCCAUAGUUUGACACUAGAAUCUCUCCUUCUUGCCUUUCUCCCAUAUAAAUCUGAUUACCUGAUGGUGGGUUGUGAUGUUGCCUAGAAUGAUUGUUUACAAUUUUAUUCCAUUUAUCUCUGGAUAUUCUGUAAAUAUUGUAAUUCAUUGUCUUUUUUUAACUUGAUAAUAAAGUUAUCAGAUAACAGCUAA